AAAUAUCACGAGUGAGAACAGCUACAAUAACAAAGAAUCAUUUGAUUCGAUAAAAUCAGCUUUAUUCGAGAAAAUAACAGCCAAAGAUGGUUCAGGAUACAAAUUUCAUCUGUCCACGUAUCUACAAUGCCUGCAGGUUAUGCAAAAUCCGGGGUAAUCAGUUGAAUAAAAUCAACCAGCAGAUAUCGGACAAAAUCUACGAAUGCACGACACUGAAGAUCAUCUCGUCACCCCAGUGUAAGGCGUUUAUCUGCGAUGGCUGCAAGGCAAAGAUCGACGAACACUAUCAAUUCAAGAUGCAAUGUAUAAGAAAUGUCAACCUGCAACGGUUCAACAAUGCAAUCGGUACGGGAGGUGCAACUCCGAGCAAUGGUAGCGAAAGCAGCGAACCUCCUGCUACCGGUACACUUAUGGAAGCCGUUCCCAGUAGCAGUAAGGUUGAUUAGGUGAUCGGUUUAGCGUCGUGGCGUACUGUACCGAGUUAUGUUUUAGCGAAAAUGGAUUGUUUACGAGUUUUAUUUUUUACUUAUUAUAUAAUAUGUUUAUGUUAGUGCUCCCCGGUAGGACUUCACAGCGCACUAUUUCUCUAAGAAACUGUUUACUAUUGUGAUAUAUGUUGGAUAUAUGGUGUUUACCGGCCAAACGUUUCGAAUUCUUAAAUUCUCUAGUCCCGCUGCAACUUGUUGGAUUCGAUAUAGACGAGCAGAAUGUUUCGCUGGCAUGCCGCAACCAAAAAUGGAAAUGAUGCUGUAUAUACAAAACCUUGCGGAUAUUGUAUAUGCCUUAGUUUGUAGGAAGCCGUAUAUUUAAUCUGAGUUUUUGAGAGGAAAUAAAGUUUUGUUAUAACCUAUGAAA